GUCGUCCGUGUGGGGGUGGUUUGUUCAAAAUGGCGGCGCCCUGUCUGAAUCGUUUGGGAAGUUUGGAGUGAAAGUGCCGGUGUCGGAGAGGGAGAAGGACAGAGAGGAAGAUCGUGAGCAGUUGAGUUUGUUGGUCCGCCUUCAUACUCUUUCCCCUUGUUUCUUCGGAUCCUGCUGUGACUUUUGGGACCGCUCUAGUCGAUUGUUUGUGGGGAAGCAGCUUAAGCUGGACGGUCGGGGCGAGAGGGAGAUUUUCUGUUUGACUGUGGAGCCGAGUUUGGUGUAGUGUGAGGCCGGGCCUCAGCACUGCCUUAGGGAAAUGAAGGAAAAUAAGGAAAACUCCACCCCAACAACAGCACUGGCAAAUGCAGACCUCAGGAAGCCAUGCUGGUAUUGGGAUAAAAAGGAUCUGGCCCACACUCCAUCACAACUAGAGGGACUUGAUCCAGCAACAGAGGCACGCUACCGCCGGGAAGGUGCCAGGUUUAUAUUUGAUGUGGGAACACGUUUGGGGCUACAUUAUGAUACACUGGCCACAGGAAUAAUCUAUUUUCAUCGUUUCUACAUGUUUCAUUCUUUCAAGCAAUUUCCGCGAUACGUUACAGGAGCCUGCUGCCUCUUCCUUGCUGGGAAAGUAGAAGAGACUCCUAAAAAGUGUAAAGACAUCAUUAAAACUGCUCGGAGUUUGCUGAACGAUGUACAGUUUUCACAGUUUGGAGAUGAUCCCAAGGAAGAAGUCAUGGUACUGGAGAGGAUUUUGUUACAGACCAUUAAGUUUGACUUGCAGGUCGAACAUCCCUAUCAGUUCUUGCUUAAGUAUGCUAAACAACUUAAAGUCCAAUUUUCUCUCUCUGCAGGUGACAAAAAUAAACUUCAAAAGCUGGUGCAAAUGGCUUGGACCUUUGUAAAUGACAGCCUGUGCACCAUGCUUUGUCUACAAUGGGAGCCAGAGAUCAUUGCUGUGGCUGUGAUGUACCUAGCUGGUAGGCUGUGCAAAUUUGAAAUCCAGGAGUGGUCAGCAAAGCCCAUUUACAGAAGGUGGUGGGAACAGUUUGUACAGGAUGUGCCUGUGGAACUACUGGAAGACAUCUGCCAUCAGAUACUGGACCUUUAUUCCCAGGGUCAACAACAGAUGCCCCAGGCACCCCAGCCACAACUGCCAACAAUCCCAAGUUUGGAGCAACCGAUACCACCACUGCAGGUGCAGCAGACAAAAAAGCUUUCACCUCAGUCAACACCACCUCGGCAGGUUAAAAGGCCUGCAGUGGCUUCUCCAAAGGAAGAUGGCAAGACAAUUGAGCUACAGCCUCCUAAAAUUCCAAAGUUGGAAGCCCCACACCCAGUAUUACCACCAACUACCCAUCCUCCUCCAGAACGCAAACCAUCCAUAAGUACAGGAUCCAGCAUCAUAGAAAGUGAACCACCACCAGCAGGAAAUGCCUCGGAAGUGGCUAAACCUUCUAUUCCACCACCUCUUCAUCCUCCUACUGUACACCAACAGCCACAGAUUCCUCAACGGCCUCCACCCUCUGCUGCUUACAUAAUGGGAAUGUCGACAACCAGCUCCUACAUGUCUGGAGAAGGUUUCCAGAGUCUGCAGUCCAUGAUGAAGACUGAUGGACCGUCAUAUGGAAGCAUGCCAUCUUAUGGACCUCCAACCCAUGUCCCUUACCACCCACAUGUGUACCCCAAUCCAUCUGUGCCUCCUCCCACAAAUUAUCCACCCAACAUCCCUCCUCCUAAUCCAGGAUAUCCCCCGCCAGGAUACAAUCCUACUUACUUGCCCCCUCCUCGGAUUCCCCCAGCUCACACUGUGCCACCUCCACCAGCACUAGGUCUUCCACCAACCAGCUAUCCUCCCCCCACAGUACCGCCUGGGGGGCAACCUCCUGGACCACCACCGCCACCACCACCAGGCAUGCCACCUGUGGCCGGGCUGAGUCGGGGAGGUUGGUUGAGGUAAUGGAUGUUUGGACUUUGGUGAUUGUCAAGUGUAAGUUGGUUUCACUCAAGGUUUGGGGUAGCCCUAAAAAUGGUUUAGAUUGUCUUACGUCCCACGUUGGAAUGAUGUUGCUGAUGCAUAUUGUUCAACUGAUGUUAAUCCUUAAGUUUUAUUUUCUAUCAUACGCUGCCAGUUUCUGAGGUGCAGGAAAAUGAAGAGUUUUCAUUUUGCACUGAUGCCUCAACUUUUCUUUUUAGCCACCUUACUUCCUCCUCUCAGUCCCAGCCAAGUAUGCCCCUGCAGCUUGCUGUUUCUGCUGCUGUUGUCAGCAGUUAAAAUGCACCUGCUCUUGAAGCAUCCAAGUGAAAUUGUUACCAGAAGUUUCAUAAUAUUUUGUAGAAGCUAUCCUCUGCUUUACUUUUCUGCUGAACAGUUUUUGGCGUGGUAUCUCCCAAAUAGGACUUUUGCUCAUGUUAAUAACUCAGACAUAUUUUGAUUAGUGGCAGAGGUUUAAAAAAAAAAUUAAAGGAGACCUGAGAUCCCAGGUUUGUGUUUUGACCUAUGUUGGACCUGCCUUUGUGGUUGCUGAUGGGUUGUGGAAGUUAUGAGUCGAAUUGAUUGUGCUGGAGGUCACUACAGAUUGCUAAUCUCUAUUAAAAAGUAACUGCUAUUACUUGAGAGCAAGUAAGAAAUUUUUUCUAAUAUUUUGUGUUGCCUAAAAGGCAACAAUAGUAAAUGUUCUCAGUUUGCACUAAUUGGUUAUUCCUCAUCCAUCAGCUCAGACAGACAGUUAAUGGUAGAAGAAUUUUAAGCUAUGGAGAGUUAUCACUAUAGUCUCAUUUGAGACAGCACACCAUCAAAUAUCAUCAAGACUUGUUGAGCAGUGACCAGGAACAGGCGCACAGUCCAACACAAUAAAUUUUCCUCUUCGUAUUCAAAUGGAGAAUUUGUGAAACCAGUUAUGUGAGCUCUGUCAUGUCUUGAAUCGCAAAACAUUGAGUUCACAGAAAUAACUUGAUCAAUAUGAAUUGGAUUCUUAGAAUCAUCUGUUGACUCAACUGGAGUUUAACCCUUGUGUGGCUUCUGUCUUACCCGUAAGCCUGUUGUAAAAAUAACUCUCUCCUCACUAAUUUCAUUUUUAAAGUAACAAAAUUCUGACUGGAGGGAAGGCAUUGGUUUAAACAUGGUAGUUUACGUAUAGUGAACUGUGAUGAUUCUUGUGUCUUUGUCAUUUAUAUCACCUCUCUUUCUGUGCUGAGGUAGAGAUUUUGGUUUGCUCCUUCUAUGAACUUACCACC